UACCGCCUCAGAUAGAUAAAUCUGGUCCCUUCCCUGAUCCUUCCCGGCCUCGACCACCGUGCCGGCGACGACCUAUAUAUUCCCCCGGCGGCGAGCUCCUCGGCACAAACAAACAAUCUUCAUUCCUCAAUUCUCUUUUCUACGAGAGAUCAGCGAGCUACUACACUCAUGAAGCGUUCGAGCAGCUUGUGCUUGCUGCUGCUCGUGGCACUCUCCAGCUUGGCCUGCUGCAACUUGGUCCGAGCACAGACACAAAUCCUCUUCCAGGGUUUCAACUGGGAGUCUUGGAAGAAGCAAGGUGGCUGGUACAACUUCCUCAAGGGGCAAGUCAGCGACAUAGCCAAGGCCGGCGUCACCCAUGUCUGGCUCCCUCCGCCCUCGCACUCCGUUUCCCCUCAAGGCUACAUGCCAGGGCGGCUGUACGACCUCGACUCAUCCAAGUACGGCACGGCGGCGGAGCUCAAGUCCCUGAUCGCGGCCUUCCACGGCGCGGGCGUCCAGUGCGUGGCCGACGUGGUGAUCAACCACCGGUGCGCCGACAAGAAGGACUCGCGCGGCGUGUACUGCGUCUUCGAGGGCGGCACGCCCGACGACCGCCUCGACUGGGGCCCCGACGCGAUCUGCAGCGACGACACCAAGUUCUCGGACGGCACAGGCCACCGCGACACCGGCGACGGCUUCGACGCGGCGCCCGACAUCGACCACCUCAACCCGCGCGUCCAGCGGGAGCUCUCCGACUGGCUCACCUGGCUGAAAACCGACGUCGGCUUCGACGGCUGGCGGCUCGACUUCGCCAAGGGGUACUCGCCGGCGGUAGCCAGGUCGUACAUCGAGAGCGCCAGGCCCGGGUUCGUGGUGGCGGAGGUAUGGAGCUCGCUGCGCUACGACGGGGACGGCAAGCCGUCGCACAACCAGGACCAGUGCCGGCAGGGGAUGGUGGACUGGGCGCGGGCAGCCGGCGGGCCGGCCAUGGCGUUCGACUUCGCCACCAAGGGGAUGCUGCAGGCGGGCGUGCAGGGCGAGCUGUGGCGCCUGCGCGACGGCGCCGGGAAGGCGGCCGGCAUGAUCGGGUGGCUGCCGGAGAAGGCCGUCACCUUCGUGGACAACCACGACACCGGGUCGACGCAGGGGCUGUGGCCGUUCCCGGCCGACAAGGUCAUGCAGGGCUACGCCUACAUCCUCACCCACCCAGGGAUCCCCUGCAUCUUCUACGACCACAUGUUCGACUGGAACCUGAAGCAGGAGCUGACCCAGCUGGCCGCCAUCAGGGCAAGGAACGGUAUCCGAGCCACCAGCACGCUGCGGAUCCUCGUCGCCGAGGCCGAUUUGUACUUGGCCGUGGUUGACGAGAAGGUGAUGGUCAAGAUCGGGACGAGGUACGACGUGGGCGACGCCCUGCCGUCGGAUUUCCAUCCCGUGGCGCACGGCAAGGACUACUGCGUCUGGGAGAAGGGGAGCCUCCGUGUCCCAGCGGGGCGCCACCUAUAGCCCUGCUCAAACCCGCUUUAUCACAGUUCGAGCAUGUAAU